ACUGUAUUGAUUUCACCAGUUGGAAUAAUCAUAAUAACAACUUUAAAGAAAGAUUACCAGAAGAGAGAGGAAACAGUAGACUUCUAUGAUUUUGUACUGUAAUAUGAUGCAUCAAAUUGUUUUUAUGGAUUAGAGAAAAGAAGAGUUUCAUUUUUAUUCAUUCACUUACAUGUUAUUUCAGUUCCUAUUGAAAAAUUUAUUACUUAUUGAUUAGACAAUGAGAUGAUCAAAUUUGAACGGAGUACAAAGUCUUUACAAUGAACUAAAACAAAUGAGAAGAGAUGAAAAAUGAGUUCUAGUCGAUUGAGAAAAGAACGAAGAAAAUGUGGAUUAGUAGCGGAUAUAAUUAAUUUCGAUCCAAAAAAUGAGAGUUGUCCACUUAAACAAGAAGUAGCUGUUAAAAGGAAUGGAGGUCUUUUCCUAUCUCUUCAAGGCGUUAAAAUCGAAAUUCCACCAGGGGCUUCUACUGGACGUCGUGAACGAGUUCUAUGCACAGCUUUCCCAAGCACAGCUAGAGCGGCUAUCGGACCAUGGUUAGGUCAAAAUAUGCGUAUGGCAAGUGAUAUACAUAUGUUAUAUUCACCUGUGAGAUUCAAAAUACCAGUAGCUGUAUUCAUUCCAUUCUCGUUUGCUGCUGCACGUGAAAUGUCUUAUCCAGGAGCAUCUAUUACUAUGACACCAGAAUGUUUGAAAAUAUCUGAAUCUAAAAGUUCAUCACAGGAUGGUAGUCAACCCAACAGAAGUUUUUCAAGGUCAAGAGGAAAAGCACCUUAUACAAUGCAUUUCAGUGAUCUUCGUCCAAAACUUCCUAAUUUAAUUGAUGCUAGAAGUGUUUCUUUACUACAAUGUCGUCUUGGAGACGAUCGUUGGCAAAUAGUGGAGAAAUUUACGGUUGUUCAACCUACAAUUCACUAUAGAAAAUGGCCGUUAGAAGCUCGUAAAAUUAUGUCAAAGGCAAGCAGAUGGCAAGAAAAUCUUUUAACUACAGAAACUUCAUCUCCACCUCCAUUUGAAUCAACUUUGGGCAGAUGUGUAUCUUCAAGUGGAAAAAAUAGACAUAUACAAAAUCAAUUACAAAAAGAACAUGAACCAUAUGAUUUUAUGAAUAAAAUUGAAAAUUACUGUGGUGGAGUAUUUAUUUAUACAGAAGAAUUAAAUCAUUGUUAUCUACUAGUGAAUUCUAAUAAAACGGAACAAUUUUGGAUUAAUCAGGAUGGUGGUUUAUUUCUCUCCCCAUUACUUAAUCCAUUCUUAUCAAUACGAAUACCUAAACGUGUUUGUUCAACAAAUGAGAAGGCUAUUUUCAAAACUAUCGAAAUACGAAGUAGUUGGUUGAAUUUGGCGUCCCUGUUCGAUGCUCAGUUGAAUCAGAUCGAGGGUUGUUCUAAUAUAUUUGAUCUACAGUUACAAGAUGUCGAAUUAAAACGACCGGCAACAAUACGUCUACCAUUACCUCAAUGGUAUAUUGACAAACGUAACAAGACUUCAGAAAGCAUAGAGCAAAGUGUUACAGCUGGAACUUAUAUUCUAUCCAAUACUUCUGCAAUGCAUUCAACAAUGUCGGAAACGACAGCAGCUAUCCAAGACAAAGGAUUAGUUGUUUUGUAUCAGCCAUCUGAGCAUAUAAGAAAAAUUGUAUGGCAAAGUACUCAUGUUGAAGAACAGAAAGAAGAAGUGAAUAAACCCAAGGCACGUGUACGCGUCAAUCUUAAAGAUAAUCUGAAUUCAUCAAAAUGUCGGAUAGACAAUAUAUUUAUACGCUUAGGAUGGUCAAAUCUUUUAGUUGGAAUAAAAGGUGGCCCAUGGAAACCAAUUAAACAACCAGUAUAUUACACAAAAAGAACUAUUUGUUUUGAUACAACAGUUUUAGGAAGAUUUGUUUUAAUCGGAGCUAGAGAUUCAGAGCGUACAGCAAGUAGUAAAUUAGCACAUCUAAUGCCAAGUAUUGAAUCAUUGGCAUGUGCUCCACCUGGUGCAUUACUUAUCUGUUUACAAAUUACUCAUAAUAAUUGGCGAAUUAUGGCUAAUAUUUAUCCUGAAGAACAAUUAGGUGAAGCAAUUCAAACACAAGUUGCAGCUGGUUAUAUUCCACUUGUUCAAUUUGGUGCAGGGAUAGUAAGAAAAGCCACUGGUCUGAAUAAUGCCAUCUUACAGGCUUUGGAAUACAACCAAUCCGUGGAAACUGGGGAGAGGCGUUAUCGUGUAACUGGACACGACAUAAAUCACGUGUUAAUGUUCAAUGGUUUAUGCUUAGAAUUACGAUUUGAAGGCGAUAUACAAAUGAAACCAGUGAGUCAAUUCGAUGCCUACACAAAUUGUAUUCGUUUUAAGGAGAAAGAAGUUAAACCGGGUAGUUUAUCGUCUCCAGAUCUGAUGACAACUGACAAAGAUCAAAUCUAUACAUUGACAGAAACAAAUUUUGAUUUUCCUUGUAAUUUACAACGCGAGUCUAAUUUAUCUCCAACUGAAAAGAAACUAGAAGAAAUACCACACAUAACAUUGUUAACUAAACAUGCUAGAAUGCAGUUACAUGAAUUAUUAUCAGAUACAUCGUGCACUGUUGAAAUUCAGCCUAUUCUAUCUACGGAAGAGAAGUAUACUGAACGUAGUGCUAUAAAGUUAGUAAAAUAUUUUUUUACGUCAACAUUGUAUAGGUCUUUGUAUACAUUGUGUAAAAACUACUUCAAGGAAUAAUUCUGAAGGAUAAAAAAUAUUGAAGUGCAACCUAAAGACUAUGAUGAUCUGUUCAUACCGUGUAGUGAACACUGUUGCUAUAACCAUUUGCCGUCUAAACUAUUGACAUGACUUUCAGCUCAAAAUCAUAUGACGACAAGUAUAUAAAUUUAAAACCUGGUUUCUACAUUCUUCUUUAUAGGAUACUGAAAUUAUUGAAGUAUUUGUAAGAAAUAUUUUCCAGUUAAAAACAGGCCAGUUUUCACUUUUCUGCAAAUUAAACAGUUCUUGAUAAUAUUUAUGAAAGUCAACUAAUUUGUAUUAGAUGCUUGGUUAUUGCGUUGACAUGAUCUGUACUGAAAAUCAUCCAGUAAAGAUCAUCAACUAUCGAAUAUGUAUUUUAAUUAAAGUCAAAUCAGACUCUACAAUUAAAUAAAAUAUUUCAUAUUGGAAAACAUACAUAUAUCAAAUGGUUACAAGAAUAUUGAAGCAUAUCUUUGUACUUAAUCAAUUUUAGAAUUAAAAUGAUGAGAAUCCACUUCAUAUACUACUCAAAACACAAGUAGUUAGAAAUCGUAAGAAAAAUAUCAGUAACACAGUUAUUAAUAGUAGUAAUAAUAGUGGUAAUAACAGUAACAACAGUAGUAAUAAUAGUGUUGAUAAUGAUGUUAAUAAAAGUAGCGGCAGUACUGUGAAUAGAGAAUUCAAAACCUCCACAGUAUUACCAUACAAAGAAGGCACCUCAGAAAUACUACGUAGAAUUCUCAAUAAGGCUGGGAUUAGAGUGGGAUUGUAGCUUUAAACCUACAAACUCACUUCGAAAUAAGCUUUGGAGGUUAAAAGAUCCUAUUGACCCAAUUAAACAGAAUAACUUAAUUUACCAAGUCCCCUGCAACGAUUGCGAGGUCAAAAUAGUCGACUAGGGUCAAUUAGGCCAUUCGAACACAAAAACCUAGCUACGUCAAAAUUGGUAGAUUUUAGUAAGGUAAGGAAUUUAGAAAAAACUCAGCCAUAGCUAUGCAUACGAUUAUACACAACUACCCAAUAGAAUGGAUGGGACAGGGUGAAAAUUCUUCGAACUAACAUAACAGAGUGGAGGGAGAGAUUGAUAAAUGAAUCUUUGUUUAUCAAAUCAACACAUAACACAUGCAACAGGGUUGACUCAGCACCUGUUCCGCACAUAUGGAAAAUCUUACUACCUAUAUCAUAAAGACGGCGAGAAAAUUAGGACUACAUAAAGGAUAUCUCAAAGUUGUGUAGUUAUCUUGAUAUGAUUAUGGAUAAUAAAUUAUGUCCGAAACGUAAUCCAGUAAACAAUGCUGCUGUACUGUAUGAUAAAUCUAUUAAAUCAAUAAAAAUGGAAUUACAUUCUACCACAGUGCACAAGUUUUACUCUUAUAUUAGAUGUAAAUUUCACUAACCGGGUAUUUUACGCAUUCAGAGUCAAGAUUAUUCGUCAAGAAGAAUUCCAGUAUGGAUUGUGCAACUUAAUUCAUUAAUUCAUUCAUUUUAUAAUAUACUGAUCUGUGACUAUUCCAGCUAUACAGUAAUACACUUGAUGUUCAAGAACUGUUAUCGCAUAUAUUAAUUUCAAUGGUUAAAAAUUUAAUAUUCACUUACUUCAGAUAUCCAUUAAAUGUAGGGUGUAUAGAUGUAGAUCAGCGCACUGUUCUGUCAAUAUCUACAGUUCCCUAUCUCUUUGUGUCUGUCGCAUAUUAUCUCAUGAAUAAACUGAUGUAAAAAAGAUGUGUCUGUAUCAAUAAACUUAGUCCGUUCUUCGGGAAAAAUAUUCUUUGUAUCUCUAUAUAUAUUCUCAUUAUCAGUUAAAAUAAAUAGAAGCCAUUUGACCAG